AAAACGGCGGCGGAGUGUGAGAGCGCCGGUUACCCCGGGACUCUGAUCCCUUACAAAUGCGACCUGACCAACGAGGAGGAGAUCCUGUCCAUGUUCUCGGCCAUCAAGACCCUCCACCAGGGAGUGGACGUCUGCAUCAACAAUGCCGGCCUGGCUCACCCUGAGCCACUGCUCUCCGGGAGGACCGAGGGCUGGAGGAACAUGAUCGCUGUGAACGUGAUGGCGUUGGCGAUCUGCACACGGGAGGCUUACCAGUCAAUGAGGGAGCGGAAUGUGGACGACGGUCACAUCAUUAACAUAAACAGCAUGUCUGGCCACCGGGUGCCGAACUCCCCGACCAUUAGCUUCUACUCGGCUACAAAACACGCGGUGACCGGCCUGACAGAGGGGCUGAGGCAAGAGCUCCGGCAAGAGAACACCCACAUCAGGGCUACGGCUAUAUCGCCGGGGCUGGUGGAGACGCAGUUUGCUUUCAGGCUGCAUAACAACGACCCCGAGAAAGCUGCGGCCAUUUACGAGAGCCUUAAGUGUUUGAAGGCGGAGGAUUUGGCACACGCUGUUGUUUACAUACUGAGCGCCCCUCCACACGUCCAGAUUGGGGACAUCCUCAUGAGGCCCACGGAGCAGGUGAUGUAGCGAGGUGUGAGGGGGUGGCGGAGCGGCGAGUGUGGUGGUGGCGGGGGGGGGGCCGCGAGCAGGACACAGUGCUCCCCCACAGCCUGGAGACCUCCGCCGAACACGAGUGUGUGUGGGUGUGCGUGUGCGAGUGUGUGUGAACGUGCGUAAGUGUGCGAGCGUGCUUUUUUUAAAAAAAAAGACUUAACAAGAAGUGAAGGAUUGUAUCUGGGGUUUGCCACCCACACCCAGCGCUGUGCUGAUCAGAAACACACGGCCAGCGAGGUGGAGAUGUUCCAAAAUUUAUUUUGAAGCGUUGACGCUGAAUCUCCUUUAUUCCCCGCUUUCCCCCGCCCCCCCCCCCCUUCUCCCCUCUCUCCAAA